AUGGAUCCAGUAACAGCCCACGGCCGUUCUCUUCCACCCCCUUUUCAUGCGAGAGAUCUUCAUCUAGUACACCCUCAUCACCAAUUUCAAAACCAUCACCAGCCAGCUCAGAAUUCCGAUCAAGAUGAUCAGCAAAGCGGGAACAGCGGAUUAAGCCGUGGCCAGAAGAGAGAUCGUGACGAAACUGCUGGUACCACCACCAUAGGAAUUGAGGGCAAAGAGCUGGCGACAACCUUAGUCGGCGCCGGAGAAGGUGAAAUCACCAGAAGGCCUCGAGGGAGACCAGCCGGCUCAAAAAACAAACCCAAGCCACCCAUCAUCAUCACCCGAGACAGCGCUAAUGCUCUCCGCUCCCACGUUAUGGAGAUCGCUAACGGUUGUGAUAUCAUGGAAAGCGUCACCACCUUCGCCCGGCGCCGACAGAGAGGAGUUUGUAUUUUGAGUGGAAGUGGCACCGUCACUAACGUCACGCUCCGUCAACCCGCCGCACCAGGUGCUGUCGUCACUUUACAUGGCAGGUUUGAGAUUCUGUCUCUCUCCGGCUCCUUUUUACCGCCUCCCGCGCCGCCGGCUGCUUCCGGAUUAAGCAUCUAUCUAGCUGGUGGUCAGGGCCAGGUGGUGGGGGGAAGUGUAGUGGGUCCACUUCUUGCUUCAGGCCCGGUGGUUAUCAUGGCGGCUUCGUUCGGUAAUGCGGCUUACGAGCGGCUUCCUUUGGAGGAGGAAGAAUCUGCGGCAGCUCCAGUUCCCGGCGGCAGUAGCGGAGGGCUUGGAUCUCCGGAAGGCGUGGGACAACAACAACAGCAACAACAGCAAUUAAUGCAAGAUCCAAAUGCAGCUUUCAUUCAUGGGUUGCCACCAAAUCUUUUAAACUCAGUUCAAUUGCCGGCCGAGGCUUAUUGGGGCACUGCUCGUCCUCCAUUUUAA